CUUGGGAGUUGUACGGGCGGGCCGCCGCCAGCGGGGCGCUGGUCCCCGUGAACGCCCUGGUGGAGGCCUGGGGCGGCGGCUACGGCGACUGCGCGGAGGCCUACGGGCGGCUGAACGACGAGCUGGAGCAGCACCACGUGAAAGGCCUCCUGGCGCUGGUCCCGGUCCCCUGGACCGGCAUGGUGCCCUCGCCAAGGCAGCUAUCGGAGUUGGUGGCGCAGAUGGGCGUUGGUAGUUCACCUCUGGUCGCCUUGGACUUCAUCUUCCCGCCGUUGCGCAAGGGGGCCGUGCUGACGCUCGCGACGGAGCUGCGGCUCGCGAUGGAGCUCGCCCCGGGCUCCGCAGACCUAAGGGAGAACCACCACCUCGUGGCCAUGAUCUGUUUCAUGGAGCAGUUCCAGCACUACGUGGUCUUCUGCCGUUGCCUCUCAGGCAGCGACGAAUGGCUCUUCUUCAAUGACCUGCCCGGAACAGGCUCCAACAGCGGCUCCUACAGGCUCAGCGGCUGGAGCGGGGUCGCGAACGCCUGCGCCCGCUACGAGGCCUGCCCGAAGAUGCUGCUCUACGAGAACCCCGCCGCCGCGCGGGAGUUCCUGGAGGGCAGCCUCCGCGGGGCGCGGAGCGCGCGCACAGACGAGCCCGCGGGGCCGACGAGCGGCGCGCCUCGAC